AUGCCGGUGGCCAAGAUGAGUGAGACGCUUCAGCUGCCCUCCUUGCAGGUGUCCGAGCCACAGGUGGCGGAGGAGCAGGGGAAAGCCUGGUCCAGUUCCUCCACUCCGACCUUGCGCCGAAAGCGUUUCAGGAUGCGCCGUGCCAGGAACGCCGAAGAGCUGAACCCGGAGGCCGCUUCUUCCUCCUCCUCGAAGGAGUUCCUUCAGCUUCCCUCCAUCGAAAUUACACCCUCCAGCGAUGAGGACACCCCUCCUUGGUCCAACUGCUCCACGCCGAGCGCCUCUCCCCGGCGCAAACGCUUCCUCAUUCGGAAGUGGUUGACCGUGAGGGAGAAGAAAGAGUGCAGUGAGAGCAGCAGCCAACACAGCAGUCAUGAAGAUGACCCCUCCAGAUUUCUGAGCCCCCGACUACAUGAUGACAGCACUGCCAGUAACUCGAACCGCAGUACUCCCGCUUGCUCCCCAGUCCUGCGCAAACGUUCCCGGUCUCCCACACCACAGGACCCCCAAGGAGACACCAUGGUGGAGAAGGGGUCGGAUCAUUCUUCGGACAAAUCUCCUUCCACGCCAGAGCAAGGCGUACAACGCAGCUGUUCCUCCCAAUCCGGUCGUGGUGGGGCCAAGAAUUCUAAGGUGUUGAGUCCCACCUACAAACAACGGAAUGAAGACUUCAGGAAACUUUUCAAGCAGCUUCCCGAGACGGAGCGCCUCAUUGUUGAUUACUCCUGUGCCCUUCAAAGAGAUAUUCUCUUGCAAGGACGACUCUACCUCUCUGAAAACUGGAUUUGUUUCUACAGCAACAUCUUCCGCUGGGAAACCUUGUUGACUGUCCGUUUGAAGGACAUCUGCACCAUGACCAAGGAGAAAACUGCACGGCUCAUUCCUAACGCUAUUCAAGUUUGCACAGACACUGAAAAGCACUUUUUCACUUCCUUUGGUGCCCGGGAUAGGACGUACAUGAUGAUGUUUCGCCUCUGGCAGAAUGCUCUCCUUGAAAAGCCCUUGUGUCCAAAGGAGCUUUGGCAUUUUGUACAUCAGUGUUACGGCAAUGAGUUGGGGUUGACGAGCGAUGAUGAAGACUAUGUUCCUCCUGAUGAAGAUUUCAACACCAUGGGUUACUGUGAGGAGAUCCCCGUGGAAGAAAAUGAAGUCAACGACAGCUCCUCCAAAAGUAGCAUGGAGGUCAAAGCUGAAGUGAGCCCUCAGCUUCCCAAGAAGUCUCUUACCAACAGCAGCACGUUGACUCCUACAACAAACAAUGAAGCUCCAAUCCCG